AUAAUUUCCAAUAUACUGUCAAAGGCAGGCGAGAUUGACGUCCAAAAUUGUUGCAAAUGCGGUCUUACUGCUGACCGUGAGGGAAGGAAAGGGAAAUAGGGGGUGUUGAUAUAAAAGAGAAAGAAAAAAAAAAAUCAAGGUUCGCGACUGGUGUUUUGUGGUCUUUGUCACCUUGGUGCGUUACCAUGACCAUGGGCCCACCUUCCCUCUCCUACACUAGUAAACACACCAGUCGCUCCACAAACUCCGCCUAACCACAGCAGCACUCAAGACAAUAUUAGAGCGGAAUUUUCAACACCUGGAGUACUCAAAUUGAGAAUGAAGACAAGUAUUGUGUCAGUGAAGGUUUUUUGAGACGUAUGGAAAUUAGAAAGCCUGUGGUACGCUGCAGCAGGGACUAGGUGAUCAGGUCUGGGGACGGCAGUAGCUUUCCUCGCCGGUCUAUCCACGCCCAUGACCAGCCGCCCACGUCAGGCCUGAGGUGGACACGAGAGGAAGGAAGGAAGCAAGAGGGUCGUGAUGCCUAGUUUGGCUCAUUUAACCUUGCUGGUGGGAGUGCAUCUGCUAGUCGUCUACCUCGCCACUCCCGGUGUUGCACAGGACUCACAGGCUAUUACUACACCUGCAACUGCAGAGGCUAGUACGACCACAGCACCUGGAGAUGGUACAACCACAGCAGCUGAAGAUGGUACGACCACAGCAGCUGGGGGAGAUAGCACGACCACAGCAGCUGCGGCUGGUACGACUACAGCAGCUGGAAGAGAUGGUACGACCACAACAGCUGGAGGAGGUGAUACGACCACAACAGCUGGAGGAGAUGGUACGACCACAACAGCUGGAGGAGGUGAUACGACCACAACAGCUGGAGGAGAUGGUACGACCACAGCAGCUGGAGUAGGUGAUACAACCACAACAGCUGGAGGAGAUGGUACGACCACAGCAGCUGGAGGAGGAGAUGGUACGACCACAGCAGCUGGAGUAGGUGAUACGACCACAACAGCUGGAGGAGAUGGUACGACCACAGCAGCUGGAGAUGGUACGACCACAGCAGCUGGAGAUGGUACGACCACAGCAGUUGGAGAUGGUACGACCACAGCAGCUGGAGAUGGUACCACAACAGCAGCUGGAGAUGGUACCACCACAGCAGCUGGAGAUGGUACGACCACAGCAGCUGGAGAUGGUACGACCACAGCAGUUGGAGAUGGUACGACCACAGCAGCUGGAGAUGGUACCACAACAGCAGCUGGAGAUGGUACCACCACAGCAGCUGGAGAUGGUACGACCACAACAGCUGGAGGAGAUGGUACGACCACUGCAACUGGAGGAGGUGAUGGUACGACCACAACAGCUGGAGGAGGAGAUGGUGCGGCCACGGCAGCAGGAGGAGGAGAUGGUGCGACCACGGCAGCUGCAGGCGACGCCACAGCAGGUAACGGAGAAGGCGACUCGGCCACUACAGAAGCCACUGAUGCCACCACCAAGAAGUCUUGGGAUGAGGAGGACUUCACAAAAGGAGAGUCACCGAACAUGGAAGGGGAUGACAGAAGGGCCCGCGUUUAUAAACACUUCGUGGAUAACUUCACGAUGACUUCCUUGCCAAUAUUUUGCGGAAUCGCGCUUUUCAUCCUACUCAUAAUGUACUGCACGCGUGCCGGCAAGCCUAGCUAACUCCCCAUUUACCGCCUACGUACACCACCUAACUUAUUUAUGUACUAAAGAACAUACAAUUAUUUUUUAUUACAUGAAGA